AUGGCACUAUGGAGUGUAGUUGGCGACUUGCUAGAUGGGUCAGGAUGGACCACCGCCUUGACAGAAGCUGACGUGGCCUCGUCUGGUGUGGCAGAUUCAUUCCUGAAGGCAUCACAUCUAACAAGAACAAGGUAUGUUUGAAUUCCUGUUCAUAUAACUAGUUGUUUUCUCAGCCAGUGAGAGUUGCUUUUAUUGUUAUGAAACCGUAACUGUAUGCUUUUAAAUUUCAGGCAUGCUCACCAGGUUACAUCUCUUGCCCUGCAUAUGCUAAAGAAAGAGGCAUUUUCGACGUGCGCUGAUGACACUACAAUGGCUACAUGGGAGGACCAGAGAAAAACAAGGAGCCCGACGUUUCUCUUCUGGGAUCUUAUCUUGAAGUACGAGACCCUGGUUCUACUUUUUGUACGUGCACAUCGCCAGCGUAAUUUCACCCUGUACGUCGAGACCCUUGAAGAGUUAAUACCAUUAUUCUUUGCACUGGAUCACAUGAACUACGCCAGGUAG